AUAGAAGGAUAAGAAAAGACAUAAGUGUUCUAUUUUUGUCCGGAACCAAACACCCCUUUUGGUAAAGGUUUCACUUUUCUGAAAUCUUAAUUGUAAAUAGGGUCGAAUUCAUUAGGCACUAUAUGCUAUAGACAUCAUUAGAUAAUCUUUUGACCCUCUGCCGGCGUAAUAAGAUCCACUCGCUGAAACUACACGGCGGACAAGUUGAGUGUGUAUGAGAUCGUAUUAAUUUUUAUUCGAACCGUUACGGAUAUUGAUGGACAAAGGCAAAGCGGUGAUGGGCUCCGGCCGCCGAUGGGCCGUGGAAUUCACGGACAAUUCUACGUCGCAUUCGUCGCGCGAUAUUCUUGACCCCCCGGGUUUCACUCGAGCAUCUCAAGAACAGGAUGAUUCGGCCGUGAGCAAACAGAAGAAAGACGCUGAAGCCAAUUGGAAAGCCCAGAAAGCAUGGGAGGUCGCACAAGCACCUUUUAAGAAUCUGUUCAUGAUGGCCUUCAUGAUGUGGAUGGCUGGAAGCACAGUUCAUCUGUUUAGCAUUGGUAUAACAUUUUCAGCUCUUUUGCAGCCAAUAAAUGCGCUUCGAGGGGUUGGCAAAGUGUUUGAGCCUUACAAGGACAAUAAAGUGGAUCUCCUGGUGCCUAAAUUAGUAUUUAUCGCCCUUAAUUUGGUAGGCCUAGGAAUGGGCAUCUGGAAGCUUAACACAUUGGGUCUUCUUCCAACUCAUGUAUCAGAUUGGGUUUCAUCCUUGCCGCCUCCUCAGGAGGUGGAGUAUUCUGGUGGAGGUAUUCCACUUUACUAACUUCUCCUCCAGACAAAAUUGAAUUCUGAUGGUUAUAGUGAUAGAUAGGGACUUCCCGGAGCAAGAUCAGUGCCACUGCUGGUAUUGUUGGUGGCAAUCAUAUAUACUGUUCUUCUUUGAUGAACUUUAGCCUUAUUGUUAUUCUUCAAAAUGAUGUAUUUCUCCUGAAUCUCACUGGCAAAACAACAGGUGCUAGUAAAUUUUUGGCCAGAAUAUCUGUUAUAAUUGAGUUCAAGCGUCUGUA